ACGCCGCUAGCCCGCAGAAGGGCGCGCGCCCGGGCACGCGCGGCUCCCUUCACCCACUCCCUCCUCCUCCCCCCUCUUCUUCCCGCUCUCGCGGGACUGGAUGGGCCUAAAGAACGCGCUGCCCAGCGAAGCAGGCGGGCUCGCGGCCCCUCGGGCCCCGGUGGUUCGCCUCCUCUCGGACUAGGCGGACAACGAGGCCCGGGCGGGAGGAGCGCUCGGCGCCGCUGAGGGGCCCCGGCCCUCUCUCCCCGGCGGCGGCGGCGGCAGUGGCGGCGGCGGCUUCUCCCCCGGUGCAAUAUGUUCAAGAGAAUGGCCGAAUUUGGGCCUGACUCCGGCGGGAGAGUGAAGGGGGUUACUAUUGUUAAACCUAUAGUUUAUGGCAAUGUUGCUCGUUAUUUUGGAAAGAAAAGAGAAGAAGAUGGUCAUACUCAUCAAUGGACAGUAUAUGUAAAACCAUACCGAAAUGAGGAUAUGUCAGCAUAUGUGAAGAAAAUCCAGUUUAAAUUGCACGAAAGCUAUGGCAAUCCUUUAAGAGUUGUUACUAAGCCACCAUAUGAAAUUACAGAAACAGGUUGGGGUGAAUUUGAAAUAAUCAUCAAAAUAUUUUUCAUUGAUCCUAAUGAGAGGCCUGUAACACUUUAUCACUUACUAAAGCUGUUUCAGUCAGACACCAAUGCAAUGCUGGGGAAAAAGACUGUGGUUUCUGAGUUCUAUGAUGAAAUGAUAUUUCAAGAUCCAACAGCAAUGAUGCAACAGUUAUUAACGACAUCUCGGCAGCUAACGUUAGGAGCCUAUAAGCAUGAAACAGAAUUUGCUGAACUUGAAGUAAAAACCAGGGAAAAAUUAGAAGCUGCCAAGAAAAAAACAAGCUUUGAAAUUGCUGAACUUAAAGAGAGAUUAAAAGCAAGUCGUGAAACUAUCAAUUGUUUAAAAAAUGAAAUCAGGAAGCUUGAAGAAGAUGAUCAAACUAAAGAGAUAUAAAAAAAGAAAAUCUUACAAAGACUUAGUAGGGAAGCAACUGAAAAUAAAGAGGGUUUGUAAAAUGGAGCAAAUGCUAUUGUGUUUCUUAAAGAAACUUCAGGCAGAGUUGUGCUUUCUUAGCAAAGACUCCAAGGAUUUGAACCUCUUAAACAAUUUGAAUGUAAAAUCUGCAUAUGUAAUUAUAAAGUGCAUUGUAUAGGCAUUUUGCUGAUCCAUUGAGGGCAUUCCUAUGACUUCAAGCACAACCUCUAGUUUAUUGUUAUUGUUGGUUUUUUUUUUUUAACUGCAUUGUGUAUAAAGCUUGGUAACUUUAGAGAGAAAUUUUCACUGUAAAGUAUAGCUUUUGCACAAAUUUUGUAUUUUUUCAGAAUGUAGAAUUAGGGUUUAAAAAAUGGACUUAACCUGCUUCCAGCAGACUCAAGCCGGUUUUGUAUGUGCUACGGAGGUCACUCACAGAAGAGAACUUUUGCUCGCCUGCAAUGAUCUCUCCAUGUGAAGAUCACGGACUUAAGAAUGUUGGUCACCACUGGAUCUGUAAUGGACAUGAAAGGGUUUUUAGCGGUGUGAAGGAGAUUGCACGUGUAAGCUGCACAGCUCCAAGGACCCCUGGGACAAAAUUGAACUGCUUUUUCACAUCUAAGUUUUGAAGGGAGUCUUGGUAUUCUCUCUAAUGGGUUAAGAUCAGUGCAGCUCUACAGGAGUCUCUUCAAGGAAUUGUCAGUGUGUUAGUUCCCAUUUAGGGAAUAAGGACUGACCCUGUGGAUUCACCAAUGUGGCUAGGAAACUUCUGCCAGUGCAGCCCAGUGAACGUGCCUAGGAUCCCAGCUAGUGUGUGUCAGGGAUGGGAUUAGAACCCGGAUCUUCCUGGCUCUGCCUUCAACUCUGACCACUAGACCCCACUGCCUCUCAUUUACUUAGGCAUUAUCUGAAGAAGUUGAAGAACAUAUUUUCAUUUUUGAAUAUAGUUUGUAAAUAAAUAUUUGAAGAUGAAAUAAA